ACCUACCUCAAACAUAUCGGACCGUUUUGUUAUUUUCUUUUUAUUAUCACCAAAGUUUUCCCGAAUAUUUUGGAACAGAAGAUGUUCGACAAAAUGCCUGAAUGGAACUGCAAAUAGGGUUUAUCAAUGGCAAUGGUUUCAUCUCUUACAAGACGCGCUGUUCUCUCAAUCGCAUUAACCAAACAUUCAUUAUCCACACUUUCUGCUUCUGCUUCUUCUCCACCACUAUCGGAAGACGAAACUUUAGUCUCAGCCGCCACAACAAUCCUCAAACACCAUCGCUCAAAAUCACGAUGGUCCGAGAUUCUUUCUCUAGCUCCUCCGACUUCCGGUUUCACUCCUUCCCAAGUCUCUAAAAUCAUUCUUCAACUCCGCAACACACCUCAUCUCGCUCUCCGUUUCUUCAAUUUCACAGUCCACCGCUCCAUAUGCUGCCACUCUCUUUCUUCCUAUGCCACCAUCAUUCACAUACUCUCCCGUUCUCGCCUCAAAACCCAAGCACUAGAGUUAAUCAAAUGCGCUAUUCGUAAAUUUCCUGACACCCAUCAACCUGAUUUAUCAAACCCACCUCGGUUUUUUGAAAUCUUGGUUAAAACUUACAGAAGUUGUGAUUCCGCUCCUUUUGUAUUUGAUUUGUUGAUAAAAGCUUAUUUGGAUUCUAAGAAAAUUGAUGUUUCUGUUCAAUUGGUGAGGAUUUUGGCUUCCAAGAAUAUUUUCCCACAUAUUGUUGUUUGUAAUUCUUUGAUUGAGUUGAUUGCGAAAAGUCGAGGUCCUUUUGCUGCUUAUGAUAUGUAUGUGGAGAUCUUUAGGUGUGAGAAGGAGGAAUGGAGUGGUAGGGAGGUGAAGGGUGUGACAGCGAAUGCUUAUACUUUUAACUUUCUUAUGGUUGCUUUUCAUAGAGAAGGAGUAGUGGAGAAGGUUGAGGAGGUUUGGAAGGAAAUGAUGGGAAAGAAUUGUACUCCGAAUGUGUAUAGUUAUAGCAUUUUAAUGGCUGCGUAUUGUGAAGAUGGAAGGAUGGAGAAUGCCAUGAAAGUUUGGAAGGAGAUGGGCGAGGAUGUGAAGCAUGAUAUUGUAGCUUAUAAUACCAUAAUUGAGGGGUUUUGCAAAGUCGGAAAGGUUGAGAGAGCUGAAGAGGUUUUCAGGGAGAUGGUCUUCAAUGAGGUAGAAUGUACUUGUGUUACUCUUGAGCAUCUCAUAAAUGGACAUUGUAUGAGUGGGAAUAUCCAUGCAGCACUAGUUUUGUAUAAGGAUAUGUGUCGAAAGGGCUUCAAGCCAGAGAGUUCAACAAUAAAUGUAGUGGCUAAGGUGCUCUGUGACAAAAGUGGAGUUUUUGAUGCCUUGGAAUUCGUGAGAGCUGUAAUAAAGAAGCACGAUAUUGUACCAAGGAAGACAACGUAUGAACUUCUGAUACAGAGCUUGUGUAAGGAGGGGUGGAUGGAAGAAGCUCUGAAACUUCAGGUUGAGAUGGUGGGCAAAGGAUAUGCACCAAAUUUUGAAAUAUAUAGUGCUUUCAUUGAUGGGUACAUCAAGCAAGGGGAUGAAGAAAAGGCUGAAACUUUGAGGAAUGAAGUGCUUAGGAAUAAGAUACCAUGUAAAGACAGCUAGAAGUUUGUAUGACAUGCAGAGGUUUGACCAAAUUUUAAAUCGUGAUUUCUGGAUAUGAGGUUAAGAAAAGACAAACAGACUUUGCCAAAGUGCAAGUCUGUCAGUAAAUCAAAGCAAGGUACUCUCUGGAGGGCACCUUCAUGAUUUGGGGGAAAUGAGCACUUCAUUUUCGCUGAAACACUUCAAUUCCAUACCGUAGGGGAUCUUAUGAUGAUUUUUGCUACCCUUCUGAGGAUGGUACUUCUCUAAGGACAUAGAUAAUAGGUUUAUGAAUAUGAGCACUGCCUAACUUCUUGAGGAGGCCCCCGCUACAGAUUAAAGUUACAUCCUACGAUGUGCUUUAGGUUUCACCACUGUUCUCUGAAGGAUGAACUGAAAGUUCGUUUUGUUUUUUUUGGGGAUGACCAGUACCAUGAGAAGAUUGACACUCUUAAGUGCAAAGCUUCAUGAACAGAACUUAUCUGUUUCCUGAAGCUAUACUACGGAUAUUGGAGAACAUUUGAUGCUGCUCGACCGAAAAAUAACAAAGAACGUGAUGAACCCAUGGAUAAUGCAUGAUAAGUAUGCCAAACCAUCAUAUAUCCAUGAGUAGGUCGAGAGUGAUGACCAAAGUACCAAAUCAAACGGCUGAAUGUUAUCAAGAAGCUUCCUGGCAGCUAAAAUGAGAUUGCGUGAAAGGCAACACAUCACUCAUACGAUAAGUCUCAUACUGUUUCCUAAAGUUAUACUAUGGAUAUUGGAGAACAUUUGAUGCUGCUCGACAGAAAAGUAACCAAGAAUGUGAUGAACCCAUGUAGUCCAUGAUAACUAGGCCAAUCCAGCGUAUAUCCACGAGUAGGUCGAGGGUGAUGACCCAAGUACCAAAUCAAACACCUGAAUAUUAUCAAGAAGCUUCCUGGCAGCCAAAAUGAGAUCGCGUGAAAUGCAACUCAUCACUCAUACGAUGAGUCUCGUAGUACGUAACUCUUAACUAAUUCAGAGAUUAUGCAAUUAUUUUGUCAUCACCCUCGACCUACUCAUGAACAUUGGCUUUACAUGAAUAAAUUGCUUUGUCAGUGAUGCUUACUUUGAUUUAUAUUACCGUUGCUACUGUUAACUGUAA